AUGACUGCUCGCGAUCAAAUUCGAGCAAUGCUAGAUCAAUUAAUGGGAACCGAUAAUGGUUCAACUAAAUCAAGUAUGUCAUUUGAAGAUCGUCGAGUUUGUCGACCAUUUUUAUUAAAUUGUUGUCCACAUGAAAUUCUUUCUGGAACGCGUGUUGAUUUGGGUGAAUGUACAAAAAUUCAUGAAUAUGCUUUACGUGCUGAUUAUGAACGAGCAGCGGCUACACGUGAUUUAUAUUAUGAAAUGGAUGCAUUGGAUAUGUUAAAUAAAUUUGUUGCUGAAUGUGAUCGAAAAACUGAACAUGCUAAACGAAAACUUCAUGAAACACAAGAAGAAUUAGGCGAAGAAGCUGCACGAAAAAUGAAUACUAUUCAUGAACUUGGCGAACAAAUUGGUACAAAAUUAGCUAAAGCUGAAGAAUUAGGUGCACAAGGUUUAGUUGAUGAAUCAAUGAAAUUAUUAGAAGAAGUUGAAGCAUUAAGAAAAGCUAAAUUAGAAGCUGAACAAGAAUUUCGUUCAACAAUGCCAGCAUCAACAUAUCAACAACAAAAAUUACGUGUAUGUGAAGUAUGUUCAGCUUAUUUAGGUAUACAUGAUAAUGAUCGUCGUUUGGCUGAUCAUUUCGGUGGAAAAUUACACUUGGGUUUUAUACAAAUACGUGAAAAAUUAGCUGAUUUAAAAAAACGUGUUAAUGAAUUAAAUGAAAAACGUGACCUUGAAAGACAAAAUCGUCGAAAUUCACCACCACCAGCAUCCCGAAAUAAUAGUCGUCGAGGAGAUGAUAGAGAUAGAAAUAAUUAUCGUUCAUCACAUCGAAGUCGUAGUCCAUCAAAAAAAAAUUCCAGUAGAGAUAAAGAUAAAGAUCGACGACAAUCACAAUCAAAAUCUGAUCGUCAUUCAACUAAAUAUUCACGUAGUCAUCGUUCACGUUCACGUUCUCAUGGUCGACGACAUAGUAAACGUUCUCGUUCACGUUCUGGUUCACCACGUCGUCAUCGUCGUUCACGAUCUCAUUCUGGAACAUCAUCAUCUAGACGUCAUCAUCGUCAUCGACAACAUUCAAAAUCACCUGUACAUUCAUCAUCAAAUUCAAAACACAAUGAAAGCGGUGAUGCUCAACGUAGAGAUAAACCCGAUGAUAAUGUAUCAACUAACCAUAUUGAUGAUGAUGAAGAAACAACACGAAUUCUUGAAACUUCACAUUCUGAAUUACACGGUCGAUCACGAUCACAUAACUUAUUGAAUACAUUAACUACAAAUUCCAGUGGUACCAGCGCCGUUGCUCCUUCAAAAAAACUUGAUUAA